AAACCCAAGCCCAAGGCGUGAAACGCCGGCAGCUCCCUUCCUCCGCAGUCCCUCCUCCGCUCUUAUCUUCUUUUUCCACCCCCUCCAUCAGUCUCUAUUUCGUCACAACAUGGCGACGUGCUCAGAUAACAGGGUCGCUGUAAAUGCCGAGACUGUGCAGAUCAUGGAUGCAACAGAGGCCUGUGGUGUGGACGUGCUGGUACAGGGGCUAUCACUGAGGUGUAGCCAUCACACCAGAGGAUCUGCGGAGGAGAUGGCAUCCAGCAGUGAGGACUCCAGAGAGGAAACCUUGGGGCACAGAGAUCCAGCUGAUAGCCAGAAACCCCAGGACAACAAGGAGUUGGGAGAUGAGGUUAAUUUACUGAUGGAAGCUCUGAACACCUUAUCCAGUUCUGAGGAGAAGCUGGCAGCUUUAUGCAAGAAAUAUGCAGAUUUGCUAGAGGAGAGCCGUGGCAUGCAGAAGCAGAUGAAGGGGCUGCAGAAGCAGCAGGCGCAGAUGGUGAAGGAGAAGGCCCAGCUUCAGGGCGAGCACAGUAAAGCCGUCCUGGCCCGCAGUAAGCUGGAGAACCGGUGCAGAGAGCUUCAGCGCCACAAUAGGGUCCUCAAGGAGGAGAACACCCUGAAGUCCCGGGAGUACGAUGAGAGGCGCAAGGAGGCCACCCUCCACUUCCAGGCGACGCUCAGUGAAAUAGAAGAGCAAAUGGAACAGCACAGCACCCACAACAGUAGAUUGCAGCAGGAGAACCUGGAGCUGGCUGAUAAGCUGAAGAAGCUUGUUGAGCAGUAUCAGCUCAGGGAGGAGCAAGUGGACAGCGUGUUCAAGCAGAAGGAUGAAGAGCAGCAGCUGCUGGAUUCAAAGCUGCAGAAGACCACGGAGCUGCUCAGGAGGUCGGAGGAGAAGCACCUUAGAGAAAUAGACUUUCUCCUGAAGGAAGCUACGGAGUCCAGACACCUGUGUGAGCUGAUGAAGGAUCAGGAGUCCCAACUCAAGCAGCAGCUUUCCUUUUACAUGGACAAGUUUGAGGAUUUUCAGAGCACGCUUUCUAAAAGCAACGAGAUGUUCACCGCCUUCAGGCAAGAAAUGGAGAAGAUGACCAAAAAGAUCAAGAAACUGGAGAAGGAGACGACGAUGUGGCGCAGUAAAUGGGAGAGCAGCAGUCAGGCAGUGCUGCAGAUGGCUCAGGAGAAAACUCUGCGAGACAGACACUGCACUUCACUCCAUGCCAAACUGGAGCGACUGGAGAAGCUGUGCAGGGCUCUGCAAAAGGAGCGAAAUGACCUGACUCGAAAGGUGGAAGGCCAACGGGGCCCACAGGUCGAGCCUGGCUUGGUUGACCUGGGCCAUUUAGAACUUGAGCCAGAAGACCCUACGGCCAAAUCUGACCCACAGCCCACUGAAGAGGAGGCGGCAGAGCCUGAAAGAGGGGGGGUAGGGCUGAAUCCUGCUCCACCUGAGCAAACCUAGAAGGAUUUUAGAAGGAAUUCCCCUCCCCUUCUAAAUGAAGGUUCCAGCUGAAUGAAUAUGGCCCAUGGAGUGUUUUGUGUAGUAAAAUUUACUACGUUUUUGCUUGAAGAUGAUUAUUUUUACUCACCCUUUUUCCUCUCUUGUGUUUUAUUUAGAGAUUUUAUGCUAUUUAAGAAUGCUGUGACGCAGAAUCUAUAGGAUUUUAUUUUAGAAUUUUGUAUUUUUUUUGUACAUUUUCCUAUCCGACCUCAUUUUGGGUGGCACAGUGCCAUAAUAAAAUGACCAGAAUACAGACACGACGUCUAUUUCCAUAAUGAAAAUGUAAAAGAACCUGCAAACAUGAAGAAAUCGGGCUGUAUGUCUCCGCUAUGAUUUUCCCAUCUGUGCUGAUGGUCAAGCAGAACAUACUGAAUAGCCAAUAUUAUCGCCCCAUAAUCAUAUAAUUAGUUCCUCAGUUAAGUGUUUUGCUGCCUUAACUUUUGACCAAUAAGACCCCAAGACACAGAAAGAAUGGGACAGAAACAUAUAGUUUGUAUAAAUGAACAUGUGUAUACUGUUUGAUUAAAAAUGUAUUAUUCUUAAGCAUUGUACUUUGUGGAUACAAGUACAUUUUGACUAGUCCUACUUUCCCAUACGUUGGACUCUUUGUAAUGGAAGUAUUGGAUGCAUUUCUGUGGUACUGUUUCCUCAUAAGUAGGAAUCACAGUCUGAUUCCGGCAUGGUUCUCAGCACCGUUGCAAAGAAGCAACGUGCUGUAUGUCUUGAUGAUAUUGUAAAACCAUGAGGUGAAUUGAUAGAGAGAUGCUGUUCUUGAUGUAAACUCCACCCAGUUAGCAGUGCAGGCUACCAUCAGCUAUGGUGACAAGAAGCCUCUCUACCAUUACCUUUAUCUGUGAAAUGUUUUGUGAAAGUCCGGACCCCCCGCGGCCCAGUAGGAUAAGCGGUUUGGAAAAUGGAUGGAUGUUUUGUGAAAGAAGUUUGGUUUUAUCACUUAUGAGUCUACUACAGGCGCUGUAAUUACUAGGAAAGAACAAAUUCAACCAUAUCAUUUAUAUAUUUAUAAUUGCCAAGUCAAUUUCAGUAGAAGUUCUUUAAAAAUCAUUUACUUAUACCACAGAUAUGCACAUAUUUCUCAACUUGUAUGUUUAAUAAAAAAGGGCACAUUGUCAAGUCAUUUAAAUCAACCUUUACAAAAAAUAAGGGACUAUUAUGUUUUAUGCAACUUGUAAAAAGGCCUUUGUGUAAGGUUCAGUUGAAUGUUAUCUUGUCAUAAUCAACAAAGCAUUACUUGAGUCAGUUCCUGAUUGUUUUUCUGCUUAAGUUAGCUGCAACUGAAAUUUAAUUCUGUAUUACCCAGCUUUUACCGAGUAGUUUUUGUGACAUGUUUACUUGAACCUUUCAGAUUCAUUAUCGACCUUCUGAGCAGCUAGUUGGGUUUUGAUUUUUAUCAAUGUUCCCCUUUUGUUAAUGAACACCUUGUAAGAACAGCAAAUGAAUAAUAUUUCUUUACAUGCUAAGGAAAACAUCAUGUAAGGAAGGCUACUCUCUUGAAGACUGAGGAUUCCUGGUGAUAUUCACAAGCUGAUUUUUCAUUACUUCUUUCACUGAAAUCAAGCUGCUGUUUCGCAAUGAGGGAAGUGAUGCCUACAUUCCAGAAGUUUGCCAUCUGCUCCGCCUACUUGGAAUUUUCCCUUUUUUUUCUCAGGUUUUGCAAGAAAUCUACCUCUGACAACGUACACAAGCAACUUGGGGAAUACUUGGAAUACUUAAGAACUUUUUUUUUUUUCCACAAUACGUCCAUGUUCCUGUGAGAUUGUAAAAAAUUCUGCCAUAUCCUUUGCUUUUCAAUAAAUUAUCUUAAUCAGACAAACAAA